AUAAAAAAAAAGUUGUAGUAUAUAGUAUUAACAAACUAACACAAUUUUUUUCAACUUUGAUAGUAACCUUUUUCAAACCAAUAUAUAUUAGUGUUUUAAAGUACGCCAUUAUCUUGUAUAAUAUGCAUGGUGUAUUGAUAGUAUUUUAUAUGUAUGUAAAAUGAAAACUAAAAGGCGACUACUAGCAUAAAAAAUAAAUGAUGAAAUUUAACAAAUUUUGUAAUUUUAAAGGCAAUAUACUAUUGUACCGUGAAAAAAUAUAUAGGUAAAAUUUUCAAAAUAUUUGUGUUGACCAAAUAAAUGGCAAGAUCAUAAUAUUUUGCAUAAUUUUCUAUAUUUUAAAGCCGAUUUUCAUUGCUAAAAUAUAUUGUAUAAGUAUAUGCUAAUACACAUAUUUGCGUGUGUGUAUAUAAAUAAAAACAUGCAUACAUGUAUCAUUUGUCUGUCUCCUAUUGGCUAAGAAAACAGAGAGAAUCGGUAUUUUUAGCCUUUGCUAAGAUAUUUUGAUCAAAAAUCCCACUUUUGAGCGGUCUUAUCUUUAUUCUCCACCUCAAAGGACCAUUUCUCAUGGCUUCUGUUCCGGUGAGACCUCUACCUCUUCUUCGCCGGAACAUCACCUCGACGACGGCUUCGAAAUCAUCUCCAAUGCUCGCCAACGUUUCGAGCCGGCAUUCUCUCGGGAUCUCUACGUAUGAUGAAUUUUUGAAGCAAAUAAAAACUCCGGCAACUGUGAACCACCGGCGGCGAGUAAGUACGGUGGUGGCGUCGGCGGGAAACUUGACGGCGCCGUCGUGGGAUUCGUGGAAGCCUGAUAAGACGGCGGCGGCUACGGCUCUUUUGCUGAGUGACGUCAUAUGGCCUGCUGCUGGAGCGUUUGCGGCAAUGGCAUUAUUGGGAAGAAUGGAUCAAAUGCUAUCUCCGAAAGGCAUUUCAAUGUCAGUUGCACCACUUGGCGCAGUCUCCGCCAUUCUUUUCAUCACCCCUUCUGCUCCUGCUGCUCGGAAAUACAAUAUAUUUUUGGCUCAAAUAGGUUGUGCUGCGAUUGGGGUGGUAGCUUUCUCCGUCUUCGGCCCAGGCUGGCUCGCCCGGAGUGUCGCCCUCGCCGCUUCCAUCGCUUUUAUGGUCAUUACUCGUGCCAAUCACCCUCCUGCGGCGAGCUUACCACUAAUGUUCAUAGAUGGAGCAAAGUUCCAUCACUUGAAUUUCUGGUACGCAUUGUUCCCAGGUGCAGCUGCUUGUGUCAUCCUCUGCCUUCUCCAAUCGAUCGUAUGUUACUUGAAGGAAAACAUGAAAUUUUGAUGAAUCACCAAGCGACAUGUACGAUCGAAUUAAUGAUAUAUAUAAUACAUACAUAUCGAUGGAAAUCUUGUGAAAAUAUUUGAUUCAUAUGUAUACACUUGAUGAACGUAUGUAAAUGACUAAAUAAUUAUUAAGUUCAUUCAAUAUUAUCGUGGUCUUCUCCGAUUCCUUAUUAUCAUUUUCCUAAUUCUUACAUAAUUAACAGUUUAACACCUCAUACAAAGGA